AUGGUUAUACCCACCUUGCCCAGCCAAACAAUUCCCGGCGCACAGACGUUCGUGAUCAACUCCAACAGUGAAGGCCAAUUCACCAUAAGGCUUGGUCGCAAGGGAACGACAACCGCACUUCUGACUGAACAACUAGUCCACUUUGGAGUUUUAUUAUCCCACUUGUAUGCAACUCAAGUCCUUAUUCCUGAAUUGCUGAGUCGCAAUUCGCUUUUUAUCGUCCGACUUUAUCUCUUCUUUCAAAAUAUUGCCAAUCCUAUUCUUCAAAUCAUGAAGCAUCUGCUUCCUCUUACACUCGCGAACAUUGUUACCGAGGCGCAUUGGGCUGAGAAUGAAUUUACCGGCGACUAA